AGAAGUAACAGGUGUAUUCAUACCACCAGUUCAAAACAAUAAAAGGGAAGAAGCUAAAAUGACUGGGAAUCCUCCUGAAAAGAAAAGAGUAGCAUCUUCUUAUACCCCUAUGAUGUGCAAAAGUCAAGUGUCCUCUUGGACUAUAGACAUAAUUAUUGAUAGUGGAUCUUCUAUCAGUAUAAUUUCAAAGGCUUUUGUUGAUCAUAUUAACCGACAACCUGAUAGAAUCUCUACCCGAACUAUUACUGGCAUACAUGGAGAUCCCAAAGGAAGCUUGGGAAUUAUAAAUGAUAUCCCUGUACAUUUAGGAGAUGUUAUUAUCUCUACUGACAUGGAAGUCAUUGAUACUCGACUUAAUGCCUUAAGUUUAAUUGUAACUGAAGAUGAAAGUUCAGACAACUAUUACUACUGUUUUGACCCUUGGGGAAUAGAGAUUGAUCAUGAUACCUUCUCCUGGGAGGAAUAUCAAUUUAUGAAUGAAAAAUUUAAUCCUUGGUUGAAAGACCAAAAAUAUCGACACGCCUAUAAACAUUGGUUUAAAGGACCAGAUAAAUCCUGUUGGUGUAAUAUAAAAUUAAUUACAAAAGAAGAUGAAUGUAAACAAUGUGAAGAGGAUUACAACAGAUGGUGUACAUUACAA